AUGCCUCCACCUGACACACCUCCGGCUACGGCCGCCCAGGUCCAGCAGGGUAGCGCUGCAGUCUCACCGACCUCGACGCUGCAUGAUAUUGGUAGUCCGUCCAAGGCGCGCUUUGGCCUUACCAAGUCUGCGGGUUUUAAACCCAUAGGGCAAGCAAGCUCCUCCGUAAAAUUGUUCUUCCCACAAGACGAUGAAGUAUCAGAGGGACCCAGAUCCCCACAGCAUUCCGAACAUAUCUCGCGAACAGAGCUCCCCAUUAAGCGCUCUCGCCAAGAUAUCAGCUCUGACAGAGAGGGGGAUGAUAGAGACUAUCCCCACAGGGCCGCCUCGGUGCAGCAGGGCGAAGUAUCAUGGCAGUCAAAAGAGCCUGGCAUGGAGCCGAUGGCACCUCCAUCACCGUUGUUGCGCGACGCUACAAGGGCACCACCUUCGCCGAAACACGCACGGAGCGGUGAUGUGGAUGGCAUCACACGGCCAUCUUCUCCUUCAGCAUCUCCCAAAGAGUUGUAUACAAUUGUCAGUCAAGUUGGCGAAGGAACGUUUGGAAAAGUAUACAAGGCUCGCAACACCAUAACCAACGUUCACGAAAAGGAUGGCUUUCCUGUCACCGCUAUGCGUGAGAUCAAACUCCUCCAGUCCCUUCGUCACCAGAACGUCGUUCGCCUUUUUGAAAUGAUGGUUUCUAACGGAUCUGUCUUCAUGGUAUUUGAGUACAUGGACCAUGACCUUACUGGCGUCCUCUCCCAGACUCAGUUCGCAUUUUCGGAAGCCAACUUGAAGUCGCUAUGCAGCCAGAUGCUUGCCGGCCUUGCAUAUCUCCAUCACAAGGGGGUUAUUCACAGGGAUAUCAAAGGUUCCAAUAUCUUAAUUAACAAUAGAGGGGAGCUCAAACUUGCCGAUUUUGGUCUGGCUCGAUUUUAUCAAAAGCGCCGGCGUAACGACUACACCAACCGUGUAAUCACGCUUUGGUACCGACCUCCUGAAUUGCUCUUUGGUGCUACUGUAUACGGACCUGAGGUGGACAUGUGGAGUGCUGGAUGCAUCAUGCUCGAACUAUUCACGAAGAAGCCAAUAUUCCAGGGUAAUGAUGAAAUUCAUCAGCUGGAAGUGAUCUACCGGGUUUUUGGGACGCCUACUCCGGAGCGUUGGCCAGGGAUCACGGAGUUGCCGUGGUAUGAGCUUGUAAAGCCAAAAGAGGUUGCCCCGGAUCACUUUAGGGAACUCUUUCAAAGAUGGCUCUCUCCUGCAGCGCUCGACCUUGCAGAACAACUGCUGACCUACGAUCCUGCCAAGCGAGUCACUGCGAUACAGGCUCUUGAAGCCCCUUACUUCAAGGUCGAGCAGCCACCCCCAGAAUUACCUGUCGGACUGUCCUUAUUGGAGGGUGAGUGGCAUGAACUGGAAACCAAGCGGGAGCGGGCUAGGAAGCGACGUAAACUGGAAAACGCUUUGCAAGAACAUCCUAUUUAA